AUGGCAGAGCCUCCUUUUGAUACCUCUAAAUUUGCUUUCUACCCCUUUCCUCCACCGCAAUCGCCCACCAAACUCACUAGUCACUCCUUAGUCGAGGGAAUAUCGACUAAGCUGCCAAUCCCCAUUGAACUGGGGAUUGACGGAGAUGUGUAUCCCUAUCAUAUCACUACUAUUAGAGCUGAGCUUACAAAGCUCAAAACUUUUGCAACGGGCCUUCAAUCUUAUUGUAUGACCAUCAUACCCGAUGACAAGGAGAGAGAAGAGCUCGGGGAGCCUCCAUCCCUAAAGUCGGCUUGGGUCCGAGACAAAUACUUCAGGGACACAAUGCAGUUGAGCAGGCUUCUUCGGUUCUGGGUGAAGACCUUCCCUGUUCUGAGUAUCUAUAUCUACGAUUUCAUCCCUAUUAAUCUCAUAGGGUGGCUGUUCACGGCUGUAGAUGAUCAAACGGCAUAUGAAAACAUCAUUAACAACCGCACUCGCCUUUUGAUCUCCUUAGAAAACUUUUUGAGAUCCAACGUCCCAGUUUAUCUUCUCAAGUAUUUGAUUCACUUCCAGGUUGGAUUUCUUGGGACAGCCGGGAUGUUCGGUAGAGUUCCAAGGGGCGAGCUUCUCAACUGCUGCGAACAGAUCAUUCAGACCUGUGAAAUGAUUGACAAAUCACAAAUUAUGGAGGUCUUGGAAGCAGAUGCAAUUAACAACCUUAAAGAUAUAAGAUUGUGGGCGGCCGGACUAAAGAAAGAUCCGGUUACUGGGUACUUUCUGCCAUCUCAAUUUUUUUAUCGACGCAACGCUGCUGAUACAACAAGCGAGGAUGAAUGGAUAUACACACCAGAGGGAAUCCGAAAGAUCAAAGAAAGAACGACCAACAGGAACGGACCGGAUAAGGCAACUGAAAAGUCCGACAAUAUUCCCCUAGAUGUCCGCCUCAAGGCCCUGGGUGUCCUCGACAGUUUAAAUUUCGAACCACAGGACCUAAUGCCUUUAGAUAGUGGUAUCGGGUUUCCCACUAAUAAUGGCGCUGCCGUUACUACGGAAGAAAACAAGAUACUAGAUGAUACUUUAAUCAUACGUAUGGCUAAAGGAUGGAACAAGUUUCGGGGUUUGCCCAUAGGCAUAUGUAGGAGUUUUCCAGCCAAAGAGGUUGAAAACAUAUUCAGGAGUUUGGGUCUGGAACUCGAGAACCUCAUCAGUUCCAUUACAACUGAGCAGGAUGGAAAUAACAAUAUCGAGACAUAUAACGAAAUGGAUCUCGACUGGGGGAUCUCCCACGGAACAAAAGUCGAAAAUUCAGAUGGUCGAGGGGCCAAUUUGGAACCUGAUGACGAGACCGAUGAACUCUGGACUUCCCAAGUCAAGAUACAAACUAACACUACACCAAACGCCUCGAACGGGGAGGGCACCUAUCAAAGGAAGAAGAGAGCUUCUAGUGGGUCUAUUGAUAUGGGAGACGAAGCCCCAGGAGUUGAAGCUGAUACCAGAGCUAGCACUCCGGGAAGUGAUCACUCGAUUGCCCACUCAUUCAACAAAUCUCGCAGCGCAUCCCCAUGCAAGAAGAGGAAGUUAGAUGAUAUUACUAGGGAAAGAUGA